UCCAGACACUGGAGAGGGAUUUUCAAAUAAGUAGUAAUCGGUAUUUACUGGUGAUACUACCGUCCAUACAUCCAGAAAAGGUCUUAUCGUUUCAACCUGAGUGUCCAGUAUUGUUCAGGAUGAGUUCUGUGGAUGCCAAAGAGAACUCUGCGGUCAUCCCAGCAGGAAAGCACAGCAGCUUGUCUGAGGACAUAUUUUCUCUGGAUCAGCCCACAGGGAGGUCGUCCAUCCUGCGUCAUAUGGAGAACCUGCCCAGUAAGACCGUGCCAAGGGACUCCAAGGUUUCUUUUCAGACCCCCAGUAGAGAUCCAGUGACUAGAAGGAUUCUUUCCCCCAGAACCUCCGUCGUUAUGCCCAGAGUGGACGAGAACAUGAAAGUGAUCGGCUCUUUUAAUUUGGAGAAAUUGGACGCCUCACCACAUGAACCAACUGAACCUCCAAAACAAGAUCCGUCAUCGUUCCCCGACGACAACAUGCCGAUUCAGAGCAGGGGCGACUACCAGCUGGAUUUUGAUAACCUGGACGUCAUCAACCCCUUCCAGGGCUCCAAACAGAUGGCGCUGUCUCCCUUCAGGCCUGCCGAUGAUCCCAGUGAGGCCCGGCAGAAGCCCACAGAGGAACCGGGAGCCGAAGCCCCGCUGGACGACACGCUGCCCUUCACGCAGUCUGUGGAAAACUCGCUGGCAGAUGUCUCCACAGAGAGCAGCGUGGUCAUAGUGAAUGUGGCGAAGGCGACGGAAGAACAGGACGUCAUCUCAGCUACUCCUGAUGAAAAGCAACCUGGUGACGUGUCUGCAAGCACAGGUCAACAGGACGCAUCGGGCAGUUUCACCGAGGACGGCUCUCUUCCAGCAAAGGGAUCCUACAAGCUGGAUUUUGACAACCUUGACACAAUGAACCCUUUCCAGACAGGAGGCUCUAAAAUCCAGAACUCGCCUGUUGGAGUUGGAAGAAAGGCGGCAGAGGAUGAUCCACCUGCAGAGGAAAGCAAACCCACUGAUGAGGAGAAAAUCCUUCCUCCAGAGGGGCCAAUCAAACUCGAGUUCAACUUCAGCGACGUCGCUGAAGUCAAGCGGAAGCCGCCGCCUAAAAAGCUCGGCAAGAGAUUCACCGACGGAAAACGUAAAGAAUUAAAGCCGGCGUCUGAUUGUAAACCAUCUGAAGAGUCCGCUGGGAAAGCCGGACCUGGACACGCUGCUGUGCCCAAAGCUUCUUACUCCAACUUUGAGAAGUUCGAUGAUCCGAACUUCAAUCCAUUCGGUACCAAAACGAGCAUCGCCGACUCUCCGAAGGGCAGCGGCGUUCCCAGCCCCGUGCAACAGGAACCGGACCCCGCAGAACAAACAGGGGCUGCAGAGAUGUUGCCUCCUGCUGAGCCUCGCGACGCUUCGAUGGGGAAUCGCGUGGUUCUGUCAGAGAAAGACCUGGACGGUGAAAGCAGCAGCUGGAAGCCCCAGGUUCCCUUCGAGCAUCAGAUGAGCCCUCUGGACUCCAAUGAAGAGUUUGUUCCUGGAAGCAUGUUCAUGCCCAACGACUUUGAUGAGCAGAUUGAUUACCUCGAACAGUUUGGCUCCAGAGGUUUUAAGGAGUCCGCACUGAGGAAGCAGUCAUUGUACCUAAAGUUUGAUCCCCUUCUGAGAGAAAGCCCAACGAAACCUGCAGGUCCUGAUGCUCAGCUGCUCUCUGCUGCCCCUGCUGGCCUUUCUGCACGGUUCAGUGAAGCAGAGAAGGAGUCAGCCGGACGCUCACAGAAAGAUGUUUUCAAACUGGUGGAGGACGUAGCAGCUGCCCCUCCAAUCCUGCAGAGUCUCAUCCCUCCGUUCCCCAAACCUGCAGAGGAAGCCAUUAUUGAGGUUCUGAAGUACAGCCAGAAGGACAUGGAUGCCGCCAUUGCGAGGGUGCAGGCAGAGGCCGAGGAGAAAGAGGAGCAGUGGAACGCCAAGGUUAAAAAGCUGCAAGGCGAUGGUCAGGAAAUGAGAAAAGUAAUGGCAGAGUUCGAGCUGCUGAUUGCAAAUAUGAAUGCCAGUCAGGAGAAGGAGAGGGAGGAGGCGCAGAAGAAGCUCAGCCAGGCUCUGAUGGAGAAGGAUCAGGUCUCCGGCGACCUGAACGGCAUGGAGCGGUCGCUGGGCGACAUGUUAAAGAGGCUGGAGAAGUACAAAGAAGUGGUGGAGGGCUACAAAAAGAAUGAAGAGACGCUGAAAUCCUGCGCACAGGAUUACUUGGGAAGGAUAAAAAAGGGCGACCAGCGCUACCAGACACUGAAGGCUCACGCCGAGGAGAAGAUCAACCUCGCAAAUGAGGAAAUUGCUGAGGUCCGAUCGAAAUAUAAGGCGGAGCUUUCGGCUCUGCAGGCCCAGCUGCGGCGGGAGCAGCUGAAGACUCAGUCGCUGGAGAAAAGCCUUGAUCAGAAGGAAAAAGAAGUGGAGGAGCUCACCAAGCUCUGCGAUGAGCUAAUAUCCAAAGUGCAGAAAGGUUGAACUCAACUGUAAAUACUUUUUUGUUUCUGCUUCACUUUUCUUUGUUCUGUUUUGUUUUAAUAGACUGUAUAAUAAAGAGAAUUUACAAAUUUCAAUAUUUUCUCUUAAGUCUCGUUUUAUUUAAGCUGGUACCACUAGAGGGCAGUGUUAGGCUUAAUUUGUAACAUGUAUCCAGUAGUUAAGGACGCAGAUGUAACAUUAGAGCAUCGUUAUAGUUUUCUGUGUUCGCCGUUCCGUCCCGUCAUCUGUGUGGAGCCAACGCUCGUUCCUGCAACUAAACAACACAAAGCUCCCCUUCUUCCCCAAGCAAUCACAGGCUCCUGUCACAUCACUCCCACAGCGGGACAAUGCGCUUCCUGAAUGGUGAAAAGAAACCCUACCUAGAUUGGACCUGAAUGAGGCUGGAGGGGGAGAAGAUGCUGCCGGCUCGGUCGGUCUAAACGUCAGUCAUCUAAAGAGCCACCGGGAGACUGGGACCUGUGUCUGGACACGACCGACCCGGCACUCUGCGUCACCCACGGACACUUUAACCCAUUCAAAGGGAGACAGGAUACUGGGGCAAACCCCCACAUGAUCUCAUUCUGCACCCCUAACCAACAGGAACAGAUUCAGAAGCACAUCCUAGUUUUUUUUUGUUUUGUUUGUUUUUUUAAAAAAAGCUUCUUUCAGUAAUGAAAUUUAAAAACUGAAAGUUUGAUAAUUUGUUACCACAGUGUGACCAGGUCACACGAUUAUGUUAAUUUUAAGGUUAAGCAGUACAAAUGAUGGGAAUUCUGUUUCUCGUAAUUAGAAUAAAGCACAAGACCGAUGUAAAAGCUACAGCUAACUUUUACAAACUUAAAACUGUUACCAUAGCUGCGUUUCCAUUACAAACGUGUACAAAACUGUUGAUACUCCACUAACGUUGAAAAAACGCAAUUCUGCAAUUGCAGUGUUUUCAUGUUAAACAAGAAAUGUAAUUAGAAUCACACAUGAAUAAAUUUAAGCGAUAACCACUUGCUGUCCUGUUGGUUGUUUCCUCCAGUAGUAACAUCCGGUUGUUGAUCACAUGAUUCCUGCGCAAAGGAAGUGUUUCCCGAAUUUUGAAACUACUUCACCAGCU